UUGGCAACAAUCUCGCCGUCUGGGACCCAAGCUGGUACCUACAUCUUGGCUCGGCCUGCAAUCUUCGUCACCUCUGAGGUCUUCAGUGCCGGAAUUGCCGCCCCGACGACGGUCUCCACAGCUCAACCAAGUGGGAGCCAGGCGGGCACCUAUUUCGUUGUACGGCCUGCCGUCUUUGUCACUUCCAAUGUCGUCUAUACCGGAACGAACACCGCGGUCACGGGGCCAACUACCUUGGCCACCAUUCAACCAAGCGGUACCCAGUUAGGCACAUACGUUGUUGCCCAGCCCGCUUCGUUCGUGACUUCGGAGAUCACGGCGAGCACGGUCACCGCAAGGACAACUGUCUCGACAAUCGCUGGUGGCUUGACAGCUCCCGGAACCUAUGUGGUUCUCAACCCAGCUCCCUCUUAUGUUACCUCGCGAGUGGCAUAUUCUGGAACGGCGCUUAUAAUUCAGCCUACCACCAUUGCCACGAUCAGUGCUUCAGGAACCAAUGCAGGAACCUACAUCGUCGCUACCCCGGCAGCCUUCUACGUUACUUCUCAAGUUGCGUAUACGGGCACAAUUCCAAUUACGGCGCCUACGACGAUCCAAACAAUUCAACCUGCAGGUACAAAUCCUGGUACCUAUUUGGUUGCAAGCCAGGCCGCUAUCUACAUUACGUCGCAGGUGGCUUACUCGGGAACCGCCCCGAUAUCUCAACCCACAACUUUGUCGACAAUUCCGCCAGUGGGCACCAAUCCGGGCGUCUACAUCGUUGCUAGCCAAGCAGCUUUCUAUGUAACGACGCAAGUUGCCUACACAGGAACAGGCGUUCUCACAGGACCUACAACGCUGGCUACGAUAGCCCCGAUAGGUACCAAUGCAGGAACCUAUGUUGUUGCUACUCAAGCAGCUUCAUACGUAACAUCGCAAGUGGUCUACACAGCUGCAGGAACACUCACAGCGCCGACAACUCUGUCAACAAUCCUGCCCUCAGGCACAAACCCCGGUGUUUACAUUGUCGCGGCUCGUUACAUUACGUCCGAGGUGGUCUACAGCGGAGCGAGCUCCAUCACGGGGCCGAUUCCAAUCAGCACAGUCCAACCAACUGGUAGCUCGCCCGGCGUGUUUAUCAUCGCUUAUCCGGCCGCAUUCGUGACGAGCUCACAGCUUUACUCCGGCACGCUGCCCAUCACAGCACCUACCACGCUUACGACGAUACCCCAGCAGGGCAGCACUCCGGCAGUUGUCGUCGUGGCUACGCCGGCCCAACAGACGUCGUACGUCACAUCCACGAUCUUCCUCACGGCUUCCAACGCCGGAACGACUACUUUGACGACGAUUCCUGCCCAGGGCACCUCUCCCGGCACGGUCAUUGUCGGAAGACCCGCUCUAUUCGUCACGGUGGUCGGUCCUUACAGCGGAAGCGCCGCUCUCACGGGCUCUACAACGGUCUCGAUCCGUCUCGAUUUCACCCAGCACAUCUUCCAGCAGCUCUCCGGCGGCGGCGAGCAGCUCGGCCGCCGUUUCCUCCAGCUCAUCAUCAUCGACUGUUUCGACACUCGUCACUCUCACAAGAGGCUCUUCUUCCUCGAGCUCGUCAUCUUCAUCGAGCAGCUCUAUUCUAGCUUCAAGCCCAUCUACUAUAUUAGGUGCUUCACUGGUAUCCUCUACCACUACUACUUCAUCUUCUUCUUCUUCAAGCUCGUCGAUAUCUCCAACUCGACCACCACCAGCUCUAGCUCUAGCAGUUCCAGCUCAAGCAGCUCCAGCUCCAGUCGUGUCGUCGCUUCAGCUACUCAAGGUGCUGCUUUCUCCUGCCCAACGACCGGUUUCCUGGUUCAGAGUGGCGACACUGUGACACUCUACUCGAUCAACCUUGCUACUGGCAGCCAAACAGUGGUGACCAACAACCUCGGCAACGACAACACCCGAAACAUCAACGCUAUGGGUUACAACGCCCGAGAGGAUUACAUCUACGCCGUUUCACAGCCCAACUCCGGAACCAGCGACUACAGAAUCAUCCGUAUUACCGCCACCGGCAACACGACCACCGUUGCAACCAUGGCUCAGUCAGCUAAGCUCGACCAGACCGCAUUUAACACUGGUGACGUCGACGAAAACGGACAGUACUGGAUCUCGACCGGCGGCAUCGACUGGUACCAGUACAACUUCAACCCCGGCACAGCCAACUAUGGAAAGCUGGUGGGCUCUGGUCUGGUCAACGGAGGCGCUGAUGGGUACUCCCUCGGAGAUUGGGCCGUCGUGCCCGGACUCGGAGGCGGCGAUCUCUGGACGGUCGGUGUCCAGAACUUCAACUGCGUGCUCAUGCGCUGGAGCCGUACCACCAAGGACUGGACCAUCGGCCGGAGCCUCGGAGCCCUCACCGGCGUCACGAGCGGCACGCAGCCGUUCUUCGGCGCCGCGUACGCCACGACCGACGGUUUCCUGUACGCCAUCGAGAACAACUCAGGACAGGUCUGGAAGAUCCCCGUCAGCGGCAACGGCGCCCCUGUUCAGCAGACCAGCGUGCCGAAGACUAGCAGGAACGACGGUGCCAGAUGUUUGGACUCGGGUGGCAUCUAA